AUGGCGCGGAGCCGCAAGUCGCGGAAGGGGAAGAAGGAGUGGCGGCGGAACAUCAGCACGGCGGACCACGACAAGUUCCUCGAGGAGAAGGGCCGCGAGGAGCGCAGCGGCGGCGCGCUCGACGCCGUCCCCAGCGAAAACAUCUUCUUCGUCGAUAAGUCAAAAGUUGCGCCCAAGAUCCGCAAGGUGGACAAGUGGCGCGCGCGCGAGUCCCACGCGGACGCCAUUCUCAAACGCAGCUCGCUCGUUCCGCCGCUCGUUCCCGAACCUCUCCGCCCUUCCUCUGCGCGCGCCAAAAGCGACGCUAAACCUUCCGAUAAACCCUCGGAUAAACCCGCGAAUAAACCCUCAGAUGCAUCUGCGGAUAAUCCCGCCGAUGCACCCGCGGAUAAACCCGCGGAUACAUCUGGGGAGGGGCUGGCUUCCGCGGAAGCGCCAUCUGGGGGGGAUGGGGGCAGCGGUGGAGGGGAAAUCGUUGCAGCAGCAAGCGGGGAAGGGGCUAUGGUUAUUGGUUCAAGCGGUGGCGCGAGUUCUGACAGGAUAGCGUUGGUGCCCGCGGAUUCAGGAAUUGCAGGAGGGAAACGGCGUGCCAAGAAGGCCAGGAAGAACUCUCAGAAGCUGCUGUUCGACCUUUGGGCGGACGAAGACCUAGCUGGUAACCGCCGCGUUGCUCGAACCACGGACAACACAACAACACCAGGAGGAGGAGGAGGAGGAGGAGGGGAGGUGGGCGAGAGAGUGAGGAGGAGGGGCGAUGGGAAGAUGAUAGGAGGCAAGGAGGAGAGGAACAAGCCAGGGUCUGCAAUCCCUGCAGUCGAGAUCGACGCCCCUGGCUGCUCCUUCAACCCCUCUGUGGAAGAGCAUCAGGAUGCGAUCGCAGUUGCAGUGGCAGAGGAGCUAAAGGAGAGCUACCAGGCAGCGUUGGCGCCCACACCCCCUCAGCUGCUGGUGUCGCGGGCAGAGGAGGAGGAAGCACGGAUGCAGGAGGCAGCGGAUUUUUUCCUGACUCAAGCAGAGGAAGACGAAGAGGAGGAGGAGGAAGAGGAGGAGGACGAGGAUGGCACCACUGCUGCUGUCACCAAGCACAAAGUCCCCAAGCGACUCACCAGGGCGGAUCUGAACCGGCGCAUGCGGCACCGGCUGGUGGAAGCAGAACUGGCGAAGCGGAGGAAGCUGAAGGCGAUGCGGAAGGAUUUAGACCGGUUGAAGGAUUUGCAGAGGGAGUUGGAGGAGGAGAGGGAGGAGGCGGAGAAGAGGCGCGUGAGGAGGGAGAUUGCUCGGGUGGAACUGAGGAUGAAGAGGGCUCCGAGACUGGGACGACACAAGUUUAAGCCCGAGCCAAUGAGUGUGCUGACAUCCGACCAAGUCACUGGGUCGCUCAGGCAACUCAAGGGCUCCUUCACUCUCGUCCGUGAUCGCUUCAAGAGCUUCCAGAAGAGAGGGCUGAUCGAAACCCACGGACCCACCAUCAAGCAGUCUCUAUCAAGGAAGCGAAGGGUGGUGGAGCAGGGCAGUCGGGGAGCGAGGGAGCGGGAGAUGCAUGCUGAAAUCCUGGCCAUGCGGGCGGCAAGGCACGAGACCAAGAAGGCUGCGGCAAAAGCUGCUGCGGAGUCGAGCAAUCUGGAGUUGUGA